UGCUCACUUCGAGACUUCGACGCAAGCUGCGAGCCAGUCAGAGCAGCAGGUAAACAAACCAAUCUGACUGGGACGGCGAGCCAAACAAAGCGUAUGCGGUGUUUGACCGUCUUGAAAUUUUAAUGGCGAGAAAGAUGACAGUCGAAGAACAGAUACGUCUGCUUUCAACAAUACAUUAAAGUACUCGCUCAAUUGUUUUUCAAACAGCGAGGCGGGUCGACGACAAACACAAGGACGAGUUUAACCUGCAGUGAAGAACCGACUGUCGACAUCUGCGCAUGAUGCAUUGCAGCACUUUUGCGAAAAUGGGUGUUUUUAGCCUCAUUCUCAGAAUAGAGUAUCUGAUCCGAGAUGUCGGUUGGGUUCUUUAGCUACCGUAUCAUUUCAUUGUGCAGGACUCAAAACAACAUCCCCCCUGGCGACCUGCAACAUGGGGCCCAUAAUGCAGGAGCGCACAGCAUCCACGACACUGAAACGCGUCGUUUCCAAAGAGAAGAUUCGGGUAAAAAAUACUGAAAAUAGCGGACCAGUACCCAGUUCAAAGAAAGGUAACAAGAUGAAGAAAGCAGUGGGGCAACUGAAAAAUGGCCCACCAGGACCAGGUCAGGAUAAGGACACAGUGACAACAAUGCAGAAGGGUGCACAGUCAAAAGGUGGUAGGGUCAAAUCUGGCACUACACGGAAUACAAGCAAACUCUCCAGCCCUGAAGAAGAAGGGGAUUUGAGACCUCAAUUCCGCAAACCCUCAUCUGUGCAGAGGAAAGAGGAAAAGCAAGAAAAUCAGCGGAUGUCACAAUGCAGCAACGAGCUACUGCCGAAUCGUGGGGGGAUGGGAAAAAAUCGGCGAGCCCUCUCCCUGCCUCUCUCCCCAAUAUCAGGGCUACGACACAUGCCAGCACACCCCCUAACACACUCCCCAGCCCCCACCCCAGAGGCACUACAGCAGCACUACAACCAGAAGGAUGAUGACACUGACAGUGCCAGUGAUCUGUCAGAUUCUGAGAGGCUGCCUGUGCUGCCCUCUCCCUGUACCCCUUGCACCCCUCCUCACCUCAACCUCCGGGCCGAGGUCAUCAACACUAAUGACUUUCCCCCAGACUUCCCAGGACCCCAUGGGAAUCUGGGUGAUGACGAUGAGAGUGAAAAACCCAUCUAUAGUUACCAAGACUUUCUGCCUCCUCCCUUCAACAGCUGGAGUCUGAGACAGCUGGCAGUGUUCCUUCAUACAGAAGGCCGUGGCGCCCCCCGGCCCAAGCCUGUAGGGCCCUUAGAGAAGUACCUGGAGAGGUUGCUGCAGCUGGAGUGGCUCCAGAUCCAAACAGUGCAAGCGGAGAGCAGCCGUCCCCCUGGGAGUCGUCCAAGGCCACAGGGUUUCCCCUCUGCUACAACAGCUCACCCACCCAGACCUCACACAGCUCCACCAUCCCGACUCAACUCCCCUAAAGGGCUGCGCCAAAGCCAGAGAGCCUUCCCAUUUGCACCUGUCAAUAACCCCCCAUCACCUGCCUCAACUCAGCACCACCUCUCCAGAUUUCCAGUUUGCCCUCACUGUCACAUUCGCUACCCGAUGUGCAAUGGAAGCUGCUCUGCCUAUGCCUACCAACGCCACUCACGGCUUAGCCCACUGCUGGAGCGCAGAGCCAGACCUGGGGCGCCAGCGAAGCGGAGCAGCAGUGAGACCCGAGCACCCUCCACAGAAGGUAGGAGCCCAGGUGGACAAGGCGGGGGUGGAGGUGGAGCCCAGACCCCAGUUAGUCCAUCAGCUGGAAGGAGUCAUAUCAGGCACAUGCAGGCUGCAGGCAAUGCCCGAAAGCAACCCCCGGAAUCUAACCCAAACUGUAGAGGUCAGGUGAGGAAAAGCCGCGUCAGAGCUAACUCUGAGACAGAUGUUAAAAAGGAGUCUGGUGGCAUUAAAACAGCCGGUGUAGAGAAACGUGUUUUUGCUGCAAGUAAGAGAGAGGUCAUCACCUCCAAGAGAGUGGAGAAGGACUGGCAGAGGACAGAGGCAGGGGGGCAGGCCUCUAAAACUGCCAUGAAAAGAGCUGCUAAAGAGCCGCAGUCGCUCUCCAAAGCAACGCUUAGUAGUAAGCAGAAUGGCAAAACAAAAAAUGUGCACUUUGUUGCAAAGUAACCCCUAUAGACCUUCAGCUUAG